CUUGUUGAACACAACAGUCCAUUCCGAGUUAUGGACCAUUUGAGCCAAGUUCUUAGUAAAUCUUUUCACGAUUCGGAGAUAGCCAAGAGUUUUUCCUGUAGGAGAACAAAAUCUGCUGCAAUAGCAUAUAAUGUUAUUGGUAGUAGAUUUGAAAAAAUUUUACAAGAAGAUAUAAAAGGGAGUUUUUGUACAUAUUCAAUCAUAAUUGAUGAAAGCACAGAUAUUAGUACCACCAAAGUUCUUGGAAUAGCAAUAAAAUAUUUUUCGGAGAAAGAUCAAAUGGUGAAAACUAGAUUCUUGUGUUCGGUUGAUCUUCAGGGUGAAACAGCCGAACAUUUAUUUGGUGCUAUGAAGGUUGCACUUGAAGAGAGAGAUCUUCACUUUAAGAAUAUGAUUGGAUUUGCAGCCGACACCACUAACGUUAUUUUUGGUGAAAAAUCAGGAGUAGUUGCAAAAAUCAAAGAACAAAAUCCAAAUUGUAUUUUGGUAAAAUGUGUAUGCCAUUCUGUGGCUCUCUCUGUCAGCUACGCUUGUAGAGUUUUACCUAGAGGUGUUGAGCAAUUAGUAAAAGAAGUAUAUGGCUAUUUUUCACAAAGUAGCAAACGACAGAGAGAGUUUCAAGAAUUUCAAAGUUUCACUAAUUCUGAACAGCAUAAAAUACUUAGGCUUUAUGAUAUUCGUUGGCUAUCAUUACAUGCUUGUGUAAGUAGAAUUUUAGAACAGUGGUCACCUCUUCAAUUAUUUUUUAAUGGGCAAUAUUUGGAAGAUAAAAGGCAGCAUGCUUCUUGCGAGUUUUUAUUUAAUGCUUUCAAUGAUGAGACAGUGAAGCUAUAUUUAAAUUUUUUAGAUUUCAUUUUGCCUAUUGCAAACAAAUUCAAUGUAAUUUUCCAGGGAGACUAUCCUGUAGUACACAGAGUAUAUAGAGAUAUAUCAGAAAUGUUGUCAUCAAUUUUGAGCUGUUACAUGACAUCUAAUUACGUUAGAAACACCCCAAUUGAAGAUAUUGAUCCUAAAUGUACUUCGCAAUAUUUACCACUGCAAUCUUUAUAUUUAGGACACAAAGUUUCAACUCAUUUGAACAAUUGCACAGGGAAAAUUUCUGUAGAAGCAAUUAACGAUUUUUUAACCAGGUGUCAAUCUUUCCUUAUAGAAUGA